CUUCCAGUUUUCGCCACCUACAAUUUAGCAGUCGCAGGACGACAACUCCUCCUUCCACUACUAAUCAAAAUGCUCUGCUCCAUUUCCCGUUCCACUUCCACCGCCGACGCAAAUUCCAAUUCCACCUCCGAUUGGCUCCAACGCCUCCACAGCUCUCGCGGCCUCUCCGUCCCCCUCCAUUACCACCUCGAUCACUUCCUCUCCUCUGAUCUCAACCCCGAUCCCCCUACUAACACCAACCCUAAUCCUAACCUUCCUGCAAUCCUGCCCCCGGAGGCCCUUGGCCUGCCUCCCACCGACAGUCCUCUCCCCCGAAAGAAGCACCCGCUUCCCUCUCUCGGAGCCGGACUCGAUGAGAGCCAGAAGAUCUUCGAUCUCGUCGGCGGCGUCCUCGCGGAGCUCUUUGUCAUGGAAGGACCGGCCGCGACCAAAACCAAGAAGAUCGCCCGGAAGCAGUCCCACCCUAGGGUUUGUAUUCCCUCCGUUUCCGCUAGCAUCGACGGCUGCCGUGAUCCCCCCGCGACCUCCCCUCCCUCCAGCGCGGACAACAGCGUGGCCGAGGCCAAGAAUAACCGGACGAAAAUGCGCAGAAAGCGGGGCACCGCUAGGGGCUCGACGGACUUGGACUUGUCGGCGUGCUCGAGGACCGAUGUAACCGUCAUUGAUACUAGUCAUCCGGGUUGGAAGUCGGAGAAGGUCAUCUUUAGGAACGGAAUUAUGUGGAAGGUCCGGGAUAAGAAAGUUUGGAAUUUGAACAGGAAGAAGAGAAGGUUGGGUCUUGUGGGGCGAUCAGGCAACGAGAAAGAGAAAGAGCAACCUCCUUCUGGACCAAAAAUUGUGCCGGCCGAGCUUUCGGUAUCACUCCAAGGCCAGGCAUGUCAGGGUGAUAUCUAGUUGGCUAUCGUACUGCUAAUUGCAAAUGCACAAUGGAUGGUUCAGUAUUUUGCCCAUUCCAUGUUAUAGUCAACAAAAGUUGUAAACUGAGAUAAUACUAUGGCUCUGGCUGGUCAAAUUUCCCUAUCUAAAGCCAUGUUCGAUAAUUGCAUAUUAUAUUUUAGCUUUGCCCCCUGACUACUGUGCAGCAGUAGGGCUUCUAUGUAGUGACAUUUUCCUCUCGUAAUGAUAAACAUGGGAUGUUAGAUUGUUGGUCGUCCCCAAAUACUUCCAGAUUUAUUUUGAUGAGCCGAAUUGGUAAAAAAUAAAUAAAAUAUAUUUUAGCUUUUGCA